CCCCCCCCCCCCCCCAGGCCGCCCGCGCGCAAUGCCGUGUUGGCCGAGACUGGCGGCGACCUUGCCCUGCCUGCUGGCGGCGUUGGCAGCGCCGGCCGGAGGCAGGAUCCUGCCCCUUCCCACGCUCUCGGUGCCACUGCAGGUGGCGGAGGCGGGGCAGCAGCGCGUGGGGGGCGGGGAGCGCCUGGUCCACCGCCAGGAGGACGCCGGCGGCGACGAGUUCUUCAGCUACACCUACGGCAACAAGCUCAACUACGAGUACACCUACGGCGACCCUCUGUACGACUACGAGCCCGAGGACGACCACGCCUUCGCCAGACCCACUGAGGGCGAGGCCAACGACGACGAGGAUGAGGAUGACGACGACGUGUCUGACGGAGAGUACGAGGCGCCUGACGAGGAGUACGACGCGCCCGAGGAAGAACCCGAGGCGCCGGGCGUGGACAGGGAGGUCCCUGUACCUGGCGAGGAGGAGCGAGAGGAGUCUCCGUCCGUGGUGGAACGGUUCGCGCUGUUCUGGAAUAAGGCACAGAAGGAGUUGGUGAAGGUGUUGGAGGUGGUGGAGGAGCUCAUGGUGCGCGCCAACGACCUCGCUCGCAGGGGCCUCGACUACUGCAUCGACAAGUUCGACAUCCUCAAGGCGAAGGCAACCGAGGCCGGGCAGAGGGCGGUCGAGGCCGUCGACAAACUCAAGAAGCUAAUGAGACAAGGGAACAAGCUGGCCAGGAACCUCUUCACUCUGCUCGGAGGAAAGGUGGACGCGUGGAAGCAGCAGCAUCCCGAGGUGGUGAUCGUCGACGUCGGGCGAGAGGGGGCCGCGUCCGACCUCGAUAGCGAGACGAUGCCAAACUUCUUCGAGGACCCGGAAGUCCAGGCGGUGCUGGAGGAACUGGUGGAGUCGCAGGUGCUCACCCUCGAGGACGCCCUGGCCAUCAAGAGCUCCAACUACGUCUUGGAGGAGGACUAAUAGGAGGACGUGGAGGGGGAGGGGGAGGAGGAGGAGGGGGAGGAGGGGGAGGAGGAGGAGGAGGAGGAGGGGGAGGAGGACUAAUAGGAGGAAGUGCAGGAGGAGGAGGAGGAGAAGGAGGAGGAGGAGAAAGAGGAGUAGGACUAGGAGGGAAGGAGGAGGAAAUGGAAGAGGAAGAAAGGAGUAGGAAAAAGGGGAGAAAGGAAAAGAGAGGUCUUGCCAUUGCAACAGCGGCGGCAGCAGAGGAGAAAGAAGAAGAAAGAAAAUCAAGAGGGAAAACGGGAAGAGGAAUGAGGAGGAGGGAAGACGAACGAGGAACAAAGGGAAGAUGCCAAGAAAGACACUGUAGUCCUAAGCGUUAUAGCAAGAUAGAAGUACCUGCAUUUACCAUGUACCAGUGUAUAAACCUACUCAAAAUAUUACAGGAACUAAGACUGCAAAA